AUGCCGUCGACCACGACUUUGGGCGUCUGUUAUUUGAUCGUGGCCGUCGCCGCCGCGGUGCUGUGGCACUCGGCCGAAUCCUAUCACGUGGACAAGUAUUCGUUGCUCAUGCCCAACGUGAGACCCAAAAAGGUAAGCUUCAUAAGCUACAUUACUACAAAUCAGUAAUCGUCGUGCGAAGCGUUUGGUUCGUAACGAUUUCGCGCGCAGACCGAGUGAAUUUUCGAGUGAAUUUUUUUGAAUGUACAACAAAUAACAUAACCUAACGACCAAACGUUUGCUGAUAUUGUAACUCGUUUCGUAAUUUCACUUUAAUAACACCGUUAGGUAAUCAAUUGUUAGCUAUUGCAGGUAGGUAACCGUAGUACCUACCGUCAGUGGCGUCAGUCAACAGGUCAGACUCCGGACGUGCACGUGAUGAUGAUUACCGUUUUAUUAUGUUUACGGAGCUCAAGCCGCUGUGGUUUCUCGAGACCAAUAUGUACUUAUACCGUGGCUACGUGAGAUGCAUUAUGAUAUUAUUGUCGGGUGUAAAACGAUUCGAACUGAUGAUUUCGCACAAUUUGUCGACCAUAUAGUACAAUGUGUGUUUUUGGGUCGUAUACGCGCAAUAAUACAUAAAAACCAUGCAGACAUUGUAUUAUAGGUGAUAAUACUGUACCCGGAGUGUACCAGCUUGGGAACUCAACACCGCCAUGCCGGUUAAAAAACAAGUUCAUUUUCGGUUUUUUUUGUUUUUUUUUUUCGCGUUUCGUUGCGCCGUUCCUCCCCCCCCUCCCCCCUAUCUUUACGGUCAGCUUUAUAUUGUAAUUAUUAUUCACCGUUACACGGGUACCUGUCUACUAAUAUUAUAUACAAUAUGGACGGAGUAAUACGGGGGACCCGUACUGCGCGUUUAGUUACGCCCCGCCGCAGCAGCUGAGUCUCCUCGUCUGAUCAACACCUCUCAGUCUGAUUCGGUAUAGACACAGGUAGUUCAGUGGCGAAACGAACACAACAUCACCCUAAAGCGAUCUAUAAUAACCUACCCAGCGCCCACCAACCGAUAUUUCCCAACACAUUUCCAAUAUACCUCGAUUCGUUCGUUUUUUUUUUUUUUUUUCUACUGAAUUAGCAAUAAACGUGUUAGAUAUAACUUGUGUGUAGUCAUUUUCAUACUGAGCACCCGCACACUUCUCAGUCUUUAAACGAAAUGUCGAGAAGCAACUCGCAUUUCUAAAAUCGUGUUCGUUUCGCUACACUGUAGGUAGGUAGUGUCAUAAUAAUUCGGCUGAAAUAAUAGACAUUUAAGCGGACACGUUGUAAUAUCAAACCAUAUUCGAACAUUGUAGCUUUUUACUCGGGCGUAAUGCGUUGUAUCCAAUAUAGUGACAACAACCGGCCUGCAAAAUGCUGUAUAAUAUCAUUAUGUUAAUAAUUAUACGGUGUACGAUAAUUACUAUAUUUUUUUUUUUUUUCAUACGCUAAUCGUUGUAUUUAUUGCUGUUGUUUUGACGAUUACGGAUAGGGGUAGUUACUAUGUAGGUGAGGUACUGAGUAUGCGGCAAAAAAAAGGUUUCAGAGGUGGGGGUGGGGGAGAUGGACUGGGAGUGGUCGUGUCCGCCCUGCUGUUUAUAAUAAUAUUAUAUAGGCAGGUAGGUAUUAUGUGCGGUCUCUGGUUAUCUUUUGGCUAUAUCAUUUUAAGGGGUGAACAAAUAUUUUAUAGGUAUGUUACCUAUAAAAUAAUAAAUUGCUGUUUAUAUCGUUUUAAAAUACGUAUUUUUAUAGACUCGAGUAGAAUACAUAAUAUAAUAACUUGUUAUUUACUUAAUGUGUUGCUUAUUAUUAAUAAGCAGGCCUCAGAUUCUGUAGUAUUUGUUAAUAAUAUUACAGGAUACGGAUACAGUUAACACAGUGAGCUAAACGUAUUUUGUUUUACGUAUCAGGGUUUCCAAAUAUACUGUUAUUGUUUUGCCCUUUUAAAGUUGUUUAGAUUUUUAGUGCUGUUUUUCGUUAAUAUACCAAUAAGUAAUAACAAUGUACUGUAAGUAUUAUUAUAUAAUAAUAUAAUGAUUUUUUUUUUUUUUGUUUUUUACAAAUUUCGUUUAAAUAUAAAGAAAACACGUAGAAAAGUUGUAUUUUAUGUAAAUUACACACAUUUCCGUUUCAUCAAAUAAUAUUUUAUACUGUAUUCUAUUUUUAGGCGACAGAGCAUUGUGGCCCAUCGGUAUAAAUAAAUUGUGCAGGAUUAAGAGGAUGUGAUAUUUCACGUAACUACUCGUAUAAAAUACACAUACUCAUACAAUUAUAAACUAAAAUAUCAAACAAGUAGCACUGAUGUUGCACACAUAAUGUGCCUAUAUUUAAAUUAGAUAAUAGGUCAAUUCACUCGAAUAUAAAAAUUAACAAUACAAUAUUGAUCCCGCAAAAUGCAUAUCUGCCGUGUUGUAUGUCUGUAAGACGAAGACAACGCAUGCGGGUAUCAUGUUCUAUUGAUACAAAAUAAUAAGCAAAGCAAAUUGUUUUUAGUGUAUGUUUUAAGAGUUUUCGGGUACCGUAUAUGUACAUAUUUCAAUACUUUUUGGUGUUAUAUAAACUCCUAGCCCUGUCAAUAAGGAAUGCAUUAAUUGACGCGUGACAGUGAAAUAAAAUAACGUGGCGUUAAAAUGUUUUCUCGUUUUGUAUCAUUUUCAAGAAGAUCGGGAAUGAUGGAGUUCCAUUGACGGAUGGGGUAGUUUCGCGAGUCUUAUCUACAUCUAUAUCGUUUUGAGCGGAGUUAGGUUAUAUAUGUUUUAAAAGGCCGUAAUAUUUACGUUUUUCGUCAAAAUUUGAUAUUAAAAUAUUAUAAAAAAAAUUCUACAUCACACUCAAUUUUUUUUGUUUCACCACAAAGUACGAUUUAUAAUGAACCUCCUGCUAAAUUGUCAAGCAUUUCUAGUUUGGUUUAACAGUUUUAUCCACGGAAGACCUAUACCGAAUCGAAAUUGCAUAAAACACUCAAAAUUAAAAUGUCCAUAAAUAGCUCAAAAUGACUUAAUAUUUUUGAAAAUUUGACGACGUCUAGAAAGUAUAAGUUUUCUGUAUUAAUUUUUGGUCUCUACGAAUAUUUUUAGCUUAUUUAUUACCAUAAAACAAAAUUGAAAAUAAUAAAAGCAUUAUUUUCGUAAAUUUUCCCGUUUAUUCCCAAUUAUUAUGAAAACCGCUUGGAAAAUCAAAACAUUACCUCUGUAAUGUACCACCCAGAUAAAAUUUCUUUUCAGAAAAGGUGCUACGCUUAGAAAUCAGAACAAGAUUUCUGGUAUAAAAGUUGAUCACAGAUAAAAAAAAAAAUUUAAAGAAAGUUAAUAAACAUCAUUGUAAAACCAAUAAAUUUCUCGCUUUGCUCAGAAACUAAAACUAUGAAUAAUGAAUUGACGUGAUAUAUUUUUAUUGACGUGUAAAGCAUACUGCAAUAAUUAUACUGAUUGAAAACAAAUGUAGACGGUUUUCUUUACCGUCACGUGGAUUUUUUGUUGACUGUUUCCAGUUGAUUUCUGCGAAUGUGCCCUUGAACACAUUGUUCAUAAUAUACCUUCGGGCGUAGGUGUGAACUAAUUUCACAAAAAACUCGUCAUAAUGUAUGAAAAUACAUUUCAACGUAUUAUGAUAUGUAUCGUAUAUAAUAUGCAGUGUGACUAUAGGUAGUAUGAUAUAUCAUAAUAACCAUCAUGGCACCAUAAUGCAUUAUCGAUGUAUAUAUUAUGAUAAGCAUUUGUGGAUGGAUCCAGAAUUUGGUUUUGGGCAGAGGGGAUCCUGCAAGGUUUUUCAAUGAUGUACAAAUAAAAAAACUUUAUUUUUGUACAAAGAUAUUACUUUUACGUACUAAAAGUUUAGGUAUUAUUAUUAAUCAUUAGGAUUAUGAAUUUGUAGGAAAGUGCAUUUUUUUUGAAGGCGAUUGUGAAACAUAGCUUUCUGAAUACAUAAUUUGAAUUAUGUAACAACAAAUUCAUUUAUAAAACUUUAAUUUGCAUUUUUUCACGUUUUUAAUUUUUAAGUUCAUUUUUUGGACUUUUUAAGUCAUAUUUUUCUCUUUAGUUCAUUUUACGGUAUUUUUAAUCAAAUUCCGUCAAUUAACAUCUUCGCACCCAUUUUUUUUUGUUUUACACAGGCUUUAGGUAUAUACAUCAAAUUUAUAUUUAAUAUUAUAAUAUUUUAAACAAGCAUGUAUACGGGUUAGUUAAAGAUUCGAUAAAAUAAGGCAAUAUUGCUUAAAAUACUGAUUAGUUAUUUGUAGGCUUGCGAUAUAUCGAUAUCAGUUUUAUCUGUCAUAUUAAAAUAAAUAUAAAAAUUAAAUUAAAAACCAUUUUAAGUGCAUUUUAUAUUGUAUUCUAUGAAACUUUAAAUGCAUAUUUUAUCGCAUUUUUUGUGCAUUUUUAAUAUCAUUUUUAAGAUUUUUCACUGCAUUAAAUUCACAGCCUUACUAAUCAUUAUACUGAAAAUUAAAUAUGAACGAACUUCCUCCCCGAGGAAGGUUUAGUAUAUAAUAUUAUAAUUGUUUAAAAACUUUUCAUGAAAACAAGUGGUUCGAGAUCCUUUUCCCCUCCUCGUCUGCAGUCUGCGAAAACUUUUCACGUUCAUUCAUUACUUUUCAUUUACUACACCUACGUGACUGUAUAAUAUUACGGUCUGAUUAUUUAUUGGGGACUUUUAUUUGUAUAAAGCGAUUGGGAAAAAAAACCAAUAAGAAAUUGUAUUGGUGUUGACAUAGAAUAUAAUUGUACAUAUUGUAUAGUUCUAUAUAGGUACUAUAAGUAACGCUCUACUUCUAUAUGUAAUAUAAUUCUUAUAAAUUUAUAAGUAUGACAUUUUUUAUUUAUUUCGUGUAUCACUUGUAUAGCUGUUAACUGCAGUCACGGGAUAAAUAUAAUAAUAGAUAAUAGCGAUUGAUUUGGUGCAUGCAAAAAGGGACCUUAAUAGAUGUUUGACUUAAAUGAGUUUACAGCAGAUUUUCAUUCGUUGGGAGAUUUUUAUAUCGUUCUGCGUAAGAACGGUUCCUAUAUAAAUAGGUAUUUACUGGGCCAGAAAACAGCUUUUUGUUUUUCCGUUUCAUAUAUUCUAACAAAGAACUGGACAUUUUUUUUCAAAAUGGAAUUUGCACGAUUAAACCUUUUUUUACAUGUACCAAAUCAGUUACCUAUGUUUCGCAUUCUGAGAUGACCGAAUACUUAUAUCGUAAUACCUGUUAGCAAGGGAAGAAAAAAUUGAUAGGUUCUGCUGAUGAAUUUAUAGUUCAAACUAUUAUUAUCUGCAGCAUUCUAUCGUGAUUAAACUUGGUGUGAUUUUUCAAAUUAUAUUUUUAUGAGGGGGCUCAUUUGUUUUAUAUUUUUUUUUUGUACCUAAUUUUUUUCUAUAAUUGCAUAAUCUGUGGCUUAAGUUGGCGUACCUCUUUGUAAGAAUAAAAACUAUAAGGAAAAUAAUGCACCAAUGUCCAAUUAAAUAUACAAUUUACAAUCAGUUUUUCCCACAUAUAGAUAGAUACGGAUAUUAUAAUUUAUAGUUUAACACGUAAUUAUUAUAUAAACACAAUAAUAUACAUUAAGUAUUUAUAUAUUUACAUACCAACGUAAAUUUAAGCCGUAUAAAUACUAAAUCGUACUAUCUCACUUGCGAGUUUCGGGUAUUAAAAUAUUAUGGUAAUUUAUAAACUGCCACGACCACUACUGCUUGACUAACAAGUAUUCCUCAUACCUAUGAAUAAGAAGUAUACAAACGAUUCUGUACUAAAUUAGUCACGCACGUGAUUUAAAUGUUCGUAAAUACUUCACUAUCCCCGUGAAUCUUAGUCAAAUAUUAUACGGUACCUAUCUAUAUGUAAUAUUGUUAUAUAGAUAAUCAAUAGAUAUAGAUAAUAGAUAUAAUAUUAAAUUGGAAAUGUAAAACAUAAUAAGAGGUGUAUGUUCAUUAUUUUGCGCACACAUUUCUGUGUUAAAUUAUUGCACUUUAAAUUUCACUUUGAUCUUCAAAUUAAUUUCAUCAUUCCAUGUUAAGUAAAUGUAUAGGUAGGUACAUGUUGCAUUAUCGCAUUCAUUUGUAAAUGAGUGUACCUUCAUACAUUUUUUUCACGAUAUGGAUCAUCAUUAUUGUCCACUUAACGAAAUAUUGCAGAUUUGGUCGAUAGAUUUCAUGAAAUACCGUACAUUUUAUGAAUAGGUAAGUAAGUAUAUAUAAUAUACAAUAUAGACGGUACCAUGGCUAAAUAUAUUUAGCCAUGGACGGUACAUCGGGUAUAAUAAAUAAAUAUAUAUAUAUAUAAACAAUGGUAUUAGGUACCUAACGUUUUUUUCUCAUUCACGCAAUAUGGAAUAGAUGCAUGGUUUUUUCAACUUUAUGAAAAUGUAUAUAAGAUCAAAUACAAAACAGUACCUACUACUUACCCAUUAUAAAAAAUUUGUUAAUAACUUAUAGUUUUAUAGUAGAUAUACUUUGAAAUAGUAUUAAAAAGGCUCAUAAAAAAAUUAUUCAAAUUGCGUAGAAAAAAAAAAAGUUAUUUCAUAUAGAUCGACAUAGCUAGUGUACAAAAUCUGCAAUAUCCCGAAUAUCCGCUUUGUGUAAUAGACAAAACGAUCAUUUCGGUGUAAAAAAAAAAUGUAAUCACUGUAGGUAAGUACUACAAUAAUACAUGGAUACUAUUGACAAAUAGUAUAGGUAUAUUAUAGUAAUAAGCAAAGGCGGGCAAAAUUGUAUCUAGAUAAUUAAUUGGAAGAUUUUUUUAUAAUAUUGUUAUUCGAAUACAUAAUUUGAAAACAUUAUUAUUCGAAUAGUUUUCAAACAUAAUAUUGAGGUCUAGACAAACAUACAUAGGUAGGUAUAGAUGAUGGGGCAUGUGUCAUAUAAAAUUAACAUUAAAAACGUACAGAAAACCAAAUACCAAUGUUUAAUCAAAUGAAAUAAACGAAAAUUAAUCGAAUUAUGUUUGAAAAUUAGUCCAAUAUAUUCAUUUUAUUCGAAGAAUUAGUUUUGAAAAAUUCAUCCGAAUAAUAAUUUAUUCGAAUACAAUUGUAUCUAUAUAAUUAAUUACAUUGUAUUUUUGAAUAAUGUCCUACUCUGGUUAUAAGUAGAUAUUUUAUUUUAAAGGAAUUUCUAUGUGUUCAGAAUUCGUACACAUUCGUUAUCUAUUUAAUGUUAACGUAAAAGUUAAAAAGACUAAUUUUAAGCUUAGGUAGUUGAGUUAUUACAACUUGAUUUAGAUUUAGUAGAUUUUGAUUUAUAGGUUAUAUUUAGUAGUUGUGCACGUUCGGCCAACUACAAUAAAAUUAUUAUGCGUUCUCCUUCGUCAUAAUUUCAUGAGUACUUAUUAUAAUUUACAAAAUAAUAUAAGUAUACAGUACAUAAUAUAUAAGUAUGUAGGUAAGUAAAAUAUCUUUGGUCCCAACCGAAAGAAGGAAUUAAAUCAAUUGAAAUUUUAUGUAGUUUUCAAUUAAAGCCAUAAAAAAUUAUACCCUAUAAUACAUUGGUAAUUUAUGCUAUUAUUUAUAAUAGUUUUCAAUAGAAUUAAAUUAAAUUUGUUUAAACGCAUACAGAUUAUUGUAUAGUAUAUUCACCAUAAUUUUAACAAAACCUUAGGUAUAAUUCAAAUAAGUAUAAAUAAACCGUUAAAACGGAUUAUUUGGAUAUUCGAAGUAGUAUUUUACGUUUUCUAUUUUCUUUUCAAUGUGACAAUCGAUUGUCAAAUGUCACACUCUGUUGACUUUAGAUUUUUUGACAAAUCGUUCAUUCGAAACUUGAACACUAAAACAUAACGGGAUUAUACAUAUUAUUACUCACUUGAUUUAAGAUUCUGAGCGUAUCGAGAAAUGUAUUGAUUUAAUGUACCUAUUCUUUAUUUUAUUUUUUCUAAACCGUGAAUAACUUUUCUACCAAAAACUUGAUGAUUUGAACCAGAGAUUGAGAUGUAUUAUUAAAUUUGGUCACGAAAAUAUAGAAGAAUAUUAAACAACAGGAUUAAAACAAGACGACGCACUAUCACCAAUACUCUUCAAUAUAGUACCAGAGCAGUGGUCGGGAACCCGCGCCUCCUCAACAUGAAAUCUGUAGCUCUUUGGAACCCAUAAAAUAUAAAUUAAAUAUAAUCCGAUUAUAUGCCUACUAAUUCCUAAUGAAAUUACUUAGUAAAAUAUAUUAGUUUUUUUUUAUCUUAACUAUUGCGGAUUUUUGAAAAUCAUGGUUUUGCAGUUUUUUUAAAAAAUUGUUCAUUUUCACGAAAAGGUUUCCGACCAUUGUACUAGAGGUAACGAUAAGGGAAGUAGGUACGAAAAGAAUCUCAAGGAAUCAACUGCCAUCAACAUAUCCUAUUACUAGCCUAUGUUGAUGACGUUAUAAUAUUAGGUGAAAGUGAGUAGGACAUACGAAAAGCAACAGAAUCUUUGAUACAAAGCGCCAAAAAACUGGCAUUUAUCAUUAACAAUAAUACAAUCAAAUGCAUGCAAAUUAAUAGGAUCGGACUUCAGAUCCAACGGGCAGCUAGACUACAGGUCAGCGAAUACGUGUUUGAUGAAAUAAACAACUUUAAAUAUUUAGACUCCAAUUUAAAUAGUAUAAAUGAUAACCACGAAGAAAUUAAAAAACGCAUUAGAUAGAGAAAUAAAUGUUUCUAUGAUCUAUUGAGGGGUUGAAGUUCCUAUUGAAUAAAUCAAAAGAGUGGCUAUUCAGAGUAUAUUUUAGCAACACUAAUGAUAAUGUAAGCAUGUGAAAAAGAAGAUGAAAAGAAACUAGCUGUUAUGAAGAGGGAACUCCUUAGAAGGGUUUACGGUCCAAAAAAAAACAAAACUGAAAUACGUCAUAAGAAACAGAACUGGCUCGGCCACGUAUUAAGGGCUAAAUUUAUAGCAAAUUAUGUAAUUAGUUGGACCCCUCAAGGAAGCAGACCAAAGCAGAGAUGGAUUUAUAAAAGCAAGAAGGAACUAAGACAACUAGAGAUAUACAAUGAUAAUGAAAUAGCUCUGGACGUAGAGAGAUGGAAAAAAAUUUGAUUUGCAGCCAUAGACUUCAAUGGCUUCUAAAGUUGAUAGAAGAAGUUUUCUUGAUAAUGGGGAAAAAUUAUGCAAUAAUAAUAAUUACGAUUUCUGUUAUUUUUGAUUAUGUCUUUUUGUUGUAAUUCAGUUAAAAAUAAUGAUAUAGAUUGUAUACAGCUGCAAUUUUCACCGUCCUUUCUAAAUGUGAAACAAUUUGACGAUUUGUUUUUUUCAAUUAUUUAGACUUUUUGAGUUUUAUGAUUAUUUUAAAUUUAUAUCUCAUAAUAUACAAACAUGUACCUAAGUAGUUUUUAGUGGAAAAAAUAUUUGCUAAAUAAUGGGUAACCUAAACAUUUAUAGUAAAUUUAUUUAUUAAUACAUAGACAAUGUACCUAUAUAUAUAUUUCAUUUAUCUUGUACUUUUGUAACAUGUUCAAUGUCGUGAGGCCCUCAUAAAUUAUUUUGAUUAUAUAUGUAUACACUUAUUGUUUUUAAAUUUACUAGAAAAUAGAAGCCCUCAUAAUUGCAUUUAAAACAUAAUAGCUAGUGUAUCAUAUAAUAUACUCGUUAGGCAUAAAUGGCAAUAAUUAUUUUGAUUGAAAGUUAGACUUUUAACCUAAAUAAAAGAAGUUAUUAUUAUUUCUUGUAAUAUUUAUAACCAUUGCAGAUUUUUAAAGUAUUUAGGUAUGUGAGAAACCAAUGUAAUGCUCAUUUGGUGGCAGUAACUAUAAAUAUUAUGAAAUUAUUAAUUAUAAUUAUUAUAUUAAAUAUUUGGGAUUUUCCUUUUCUGAAGUUAUUCUAUUUUUUUUUUUUUUGCAAAUACUUAGGUAAUAAUUACUAUACCUACCUAGUGUUUAUAAAUUAAACUUCACAAUUAACAAUAAUUAUAAUAUAAUAGGCUAGAUAGUGUAUUCAUAAAUCAUAAAUAAUUGCAAAUGAACCAUAAUAAUAUUAUGUAGGUAUAGUGUAAAUUAUUGUUUUAUAGUAACGUUUAUUAUUUAUACUGGUUCUAGAUGGAUUUGUAUUUAUGCACGCCUAUUAGAAUAGAUCCCAACAAGUCCUACUUUAUUGGUAAGUAUAAAGUAUUAUUAAUAAAUUAAUGCAAUUAAACUAAUAAUAGAUAAUUAAGGACUUUAGGUACCUUACACAUAGGUACCUAUAUUCUAUUCAGGAUAAUAAUAUUGAAUCACUAGUACGACAAAAAUGCAUCACAUACCACUCCACACUAGACCACUAAAGGGUCUGCAUGCAUGAAAUAGAUUCAAUCUUAUUUUGAAAAAAGUAUAGUACUAAAAAUAUUAGAUAAUAAUUAAUAGAUAAAUAGGUUAUUAAUUAUUAUCUGGUCUUUAAAGAAAAAGUCUAAAAUUCUAGACUAUAGACUAUUGGUACUUACUAUUUUUUUUAUUGCUUUCAUCAAAAAUUAUUUUUAAUAACAUAGAAUUUGUGAAUGUAUUAAUUAAUAGAAAAAUUGUCAUUAUGAAUAGGUAAUAAAUAAUAAUACUAAUAUGUUCCUAUACUUACUUAGAUACAAUUUUAUUUGUUUUAAAAUAUUUAUUUUACUAUCAACUGAUUUUAAUGAAUAUUACCUACUUAAUUAUUUUUAAGUUAUUCCAAUAGAAAUAUACUAUGUUUAAUACUUAAAAUCGUUCAAUCUUAAAAACAAAUAUUUUAAGUACUUUCUCUGUUACUUGUUUUAUACAAACAAAAUUAUAUGUAUUAUUUUAGUUACAUUCGAACCAAAAGCAUAUGGUCAUACAUCACACCAUAUGUUACUCUAUGGGUGUUCGGAACCUGGAAGUUCUGAACCCGUCUGGUAAACAUCUUUUAAACUUUUCAAAACAAAUUUUAAUUUAUUUUGAUUUAACAAUUUUGAUUUUUUAUUUUAAGGAAUUGUGGAGAAAUGGAUUCAUCAAGUAAUGAUCAAAAUUCGUAUAUGCAUUCCAACCCAUGUAAAUCUGGAUCAAAUGUUAGUAUAUAAUAUUAUAUAUAGUUUUAAAUUUGUAUAGGCUAAAUCAAAUAUGCAUUGAGAGAUUUCUUGUAACCAAAUAGUUGAAUUGUUAAUCCCAGAAUUGUGGUGUUUUCAACUAGGGACUACUUGGUAUAUCCGUGUGUUAUUUUAAAAUACCUAAUUGACAUAUUAUGUUUUAAUCUGGUUUUAUCAAAUUUGUGUGUAUUUUUUAAUCGAAUCUACUCAUUCAACAUAAUGUUCAUAAUAUUUUCUUUAAAUAACUAAUGGUUUUUUUUUCAGAUAUUAUAUGCUUGGGCUCUUGAUGCACCUACAUUAAAACUUCCAAAUGGUGUUGGUUUUAAAGUUGGACUUGGUACACAAAUUAAGUAUUUAGUACUACAGGUUCACUAUCAUAGAAUGUUUAAAGGCUAGUAUUACAUUUACAAAUCUAUUUAACUUCAGAAAAUAUUGAUAUAAUAUUGUAUCUACCUAAUAUUUUUUAUUUUAUUUAAUAGAAGGUGAAACGGAUAACUCUGGGAUAUUUUUACAUUACACUGAAAAACAGUAAGAUUUAAUAUUUAUGUUAUAACUGCUCACUUCUAUUAAUACAUUACAGUGUAAUAAAUUGAUAUAUUUAGUCAAAGUGGCGUGAUGGAUUUAUUUUAUUAUCAUUUUGGUAAACAAUAAAAUUAAUUUCCACACCACAAAUAUGUGUUUACUGAUAUAUAUUAUUUAUUAUAAUGCAUAUUUUAUAACUACUUAAAAAACAUCUACCUUACUACAUAUCAUUCAUAAACUAUGAGACUUGUAUCCAAUUUAUAAAUGAUUUUGUGUUGCCACUAAAUGACUGAAUGUAUUAUAAUUAUUAUAAUUUACUAAAAAUAUCUAUUUAUUAUUUAUUAAUUUUUUUUUGAUGAGAAUAUUAAUUGUUAUAAUCGUAUUUGAUCAUUAAAUUUGAUUAUAGAUUAGAAAAACAAGCUGGAGUAUACUUACUUGCUACUGACGGAAUAAUCCCUCCUAAUUCAUUCGAGAAUUUAGAAACAUCAUGUCCAUUGUUGGAAACUGGAAAAGUUAUUCACCCAUUUGCAUACAGGGUUCAUACUCACGAACUUGGUACAGAUAAAUUAGUUAUAGAAAUAUUACAUGAAGACCAUUUUAUUAAAUAAGCUAUUGUUUUGUUUAAUAGGUAAAGUUGUAGCUGGUUACAGAGUAAAAACUUCUAGUAAUGGAGUACAAAAAUGGGAUUUGCUAGGAAAACGGGAUCCUUUGACUCCACAAAUGUUUUACCCCAUAGAAAAAAAUCUUACAGUCAAAAAUGGAGAUUUAUUGGUUAGCAGAUUUUGAUUUAGUAUUUUUAAAUUUUAAAUACAUUAACAUCAAUUAGUUUUAAGUGAAUUGGUACCUAUUAUUAUUAAUAACAUUUAUGCAUUUUAUAUCUUUGAUGUUCCAAAUUAUAAAACUAAAUAUAAUAUAUAUUUAUGAUCAUAUAAUAUUUCCUAUUCACAUCGAUUAGUGAUUUUAAUUUAUUAUUUAAAAAUGAUUAUUGAAAUUGUUAGACAUUUGUACUUAUUGGUUUUUAGGCUGCCAGGUGCACAAUGGAAAGUAGAAGAGACACCAUUACGAGAAUUGGGUAAGAUGAUCAACAUAAUAAUAAUGAAGUUUUGAUGUACCUCCUAUUGUCUGGUCUUCACAAUUAAACUUAAAAAAACUAUUUUUUUUUUUAUUCGCAGUCCAACAAGUAAUGACGAAAUGUGCAACUUUUAUGUUAUGUACUGGGUAGAAGGCACAGAACCUCUGGAACAACAACUCUGUGUGUCGGAAGGAUCUCCGCGAUACUAUUGGGAGAACGAUCCACUUUUGAAUAACAUACCAGACGAAGAAGCGUCAAUUUUAUAA